AUGGAUCCAACUGGACCCGAACCCGAAAUUGUGAUCGAGUUCAGGACCUGGCUGCUUCAGAACGGCGCUCGAUUACACCCCGAUGUCCUCUUCGCAACGGUGCCUUCUGGAUUCUCGGUCAUCGCCCGCGAAGAUAUCCCCGCCGAUACGACCAUUGUGUCAUGCCCAUUCUCGUUAGCCAUCACGCCUGAAUUGUCGAAACGCGCACUCAAUGAGUUGAUUCGCUCAAGCGGGCCUACGAACACCCUCGAUGAAUGGUCUGAGAGACAACUGAUUUGCGCGUACAUAUGCAUGCAUUGGGUCUUCGGUCAGUCAAGCUCUCCGCUAGUCUUAGGUCAUUGGCCGUACCUGAAUACACUGCCAUCUCCCACUAAGCUUUUCACUCCGCUGCAUUUUCGAACCUCCGAGCUGGAAGCCCUCAAGGGAUCGAAUCUAUUUGGCGCAACCCUUGAUCGCCAACGGGAUUGGCGGGCGGAAUGGACGCAAUGUCACACGGCAACUAUGUCUGCGAACUCAGCAUGGGGGAAUGAAUUUACCUGGGAACGCUAUCUAACCGCAUCCACAUAUCUAUCGUCCCGCGCAUUCCCCUCAGCGCUUCUAUCGACGAACCCGUCACUUGUGUCCACGCCGUCCUCGCAUCCUGUUCUUCUCCCAGGCAUCGACUCUCUCAACCAUGCUCGCGCUCUGCCGGUCUCGUGGGUUGUCUCGUGGGCGCAUGCUCCUGACGAGAAAGAAAUUUCCCUGGUUCUACAUAACUCCACCCCGCGCGGCUCCGAGCUCUGCAACAACUACGGGCCCAAGCCUAACGCAGAGCUCAUCCUAGGCUAUGGCUUCUCGCUCCCCCAAAAUCCGGAUGACACUAUCGUGUUAAAAAUCGGCGGCGCGGCUCCUGCACCAACGCCAAAUCAGAACGCUCUGCAGACAAAGUUCGAGGUGGGCAGGCGCGCGCGCGGGGCGGAGCCUGUAUGGGACGCCAUCCUCGGAGCUGUACGCGAGGGUGCAGGUCCUGACGACGACGAUGUCGACGUCGAGGACGAGCUUUACGCUGCGGAGAUGCUGGGCAUGGCGCAGGACCUGCUUGCACGGUUGCCAUCCUCCCCCAGUGCGGAGGCCGGGUCCAUAAGACCGGAGGUUGCAGUAAUGCUGGAGCACUACCUUGAAGGCCAACGAGAUAUCUUGCAAUCUCUUAUACAGUUCGCGCAAGACAUGGAGAUGCAUGCGCUCGAAGAUGCGAAGGAACAGGGCCUCGAUCUCGUGGAAGAGGGCGACGAGGAGGAACAUGAAUGA